AUACAUCACUGCAAUUUAUGGCAUCUUCAUGUCUUUUAGAACUUAUAUCAUUGGGACCAUCAUCUUUGUCUCGGUCUUAUGAGAGUAAAAUAGAUUGGUUUAAGUCAUUCCUGAGCGUAAUCAAAUUAGGAGUACGUAAUUCUAUUGCCCAUUUAUUAGGAAUAAUAUGCACAAGUGAAUUGGAAAGUGAUCCAGCAAGAAGUUUAUCUUUUCAAGAAUUGAUUAAAGAGCUUAUUACCAUCAGCAAGGAUCAGUCGAAACAGGUCAAAGCUGAAUACCAUGAUGGAAGUAUUCUAGCAUUGGGGUACAUAAUCGGCCGUUUAACUUAUCGAUAUCCAUCCACAUAUCAAUCUAUCGUACCGGCAAGUCUUUUAUUAGAAAUAAUAGAAAUUAUUUCUGAAAAUUUAGAUUCGACAAAGAGUUCUAGUGUGAUCAACGCAUCUAAAUCAUUGGGUGAAAUUUGUCGCUACACAUCAUUUUUAUUUGAGAAUUAUGAUAAGGGUAAAGGAAACAGUGAUGAUCCAUCUUCAUACAACGAUAAGCUAACUAAGAUAGUAGAGAAAUUAAUUACUCUCGUGAAAACCACUAAGGAUAUCAAGACUCAAGAAACAGCUAUUACCGCAAUCGGUCAUAUUGCUUUGGGAAACUCGGAAUACACUGAGAAAGUGCUAUCAUUAUUCUAUGAUUUGGCAUCUACUCUUAACAAGCAAGUCGAUGUACAUUUCACUGUAGGAGAAGCGAUCACAUGUGUUACUACAGGGUGGGAAAAUCUAGCAUUAAAUCAAUAUUUAGAUAUCGCAGAUGCUUCUCCUCCAUCGAUUUUCAUAGAACAUUCAGUUAUCAAUGGAACUUUAAAUAAGAUGUUUUCUGAAUUAUUACCAUCUGGUAAAGGCUCUGUUAAAAAAGCUGUAUGCGUGUGGAUGCUAUGUCUGGUUAAAUUUUGUUCCAAACAUGAAGUUAUAAAGACUGCUUUGCCAAAAAUUCAUUCUGCAUUUUCUAUGCUUUUGGCUGACCGUGAUGAAUUUACUCAAGAAGUUGCCUCCAAGGGCAUAGGACUUGUAUAUGAACUGGGUGAUCAAAAUACGAGAGAACAACUUGUCAAUUCUCUUGUUGACAUGCUUAGUGAAGGAAAGCGUCAGAAAGAAACUAUUAAUGCUGAUACCCAACUGUUUGAUUCCAGUACUCUCGGUCAGACUCCUGAUGGAUCUGCUAUCUCUACCUAUCAAUCUAUCCUAUCCCUUGCGUCAGACAUGAAUCAACCAGAAUUAGUAUAUAAAUUCAUGCAACUAGCUAGUCAUAAUGCUAUGUGGCAAUCACGGAAGGGUGCUGCAUUUGGAUUUUCGUUUAUAAUUGCACAAGCAGAGAAGGAAUUAGAACCCUAUUUGAAGGAUUUGAUACCUCGUUUAUAUCGAUUUCAAUACGAUCCUAAUCCAAAAGUAAAUGAGGCAAUGAGUAGUAUUUGGAAAGCAUUAGUAAAGGAACCUAAGAAGGCAAUCGAAGAAUAUUUUGCU